AUGUAUGUCGGACUUGAUGAGCCCGUGCGGGAAUGCCAGUAUAAUCAGAUCUGCACGCGUAACUCGUUACCUAUGGAGACCUUAGGGCACAAAAAGAAGAAGAAUCCCCGAAGGAAGUGGCAGGUCUUUCCCGGUCGAAAUAGAUUCUACUGUAAUGGAAGGGUCAUGAUGGCGAGGCAGACCGGGGUCUUCUACCUAACCCUAGUCCUCAUCAUGGUCACCAGCGGGCUUUUCUUCGCGUUCGACUGUCCGUUCCUGGCGUCCAACCUGACCCCAGCCAUCCCAGUGAUCGGAGGGGUGUUGUUUCUCUUUGUGCUGGGGAUGCUCUUCAGGGCCAGCUUCAGUGACCCGGGGGUCCUGCCCCGCGCCACGCCCGACGAGGCUGCCGACCUGGAGAGACAAAUAGAUGCGGCUAACGGCCCCAGUGGUCCAGGGUACAGGCCGCCCCCGAGGACCAGAGAGGUGGUCAUCAACGGGCAGACGGUGAAGCUCAAGUACUGCUUCACCUGCAAGAUCUUCAGGCCCCCACGGGCCUCGCACUGCAGCCUGUGUGACAACUGUGUGGAGCGUUUUGAUCACCACUGUCCCUGGGUGGGGAACUGUGUGGGCAAGAGGAACUACCGUUUCUUCUACCUCUUCAUCCUCUCCCUCUCCUUCCUCACUGUAUUCAUAUUUGCCUUCGUCAUCACACACGUCAUCCUGAGAUCCAACCGGGCAGGCUUCCUCAGCGCACUCAAAGACAGCCCUGCCAGUGUGCUGGAGGUGCUGGUGUGUUUCUUCUCGGUGUGGUCCAUUGUGGGUCUGUCGGGCUUCCACACCUACCUGAUCAGCUCCAAUCAGACCACCAAUGAGGAUAUUAAAGGCUCGUGGUCGAACAAACGGGCGAAGGACAACUACAAUCCCUACAGCUACGGGAACAUCCUGACCAACUGCUGUGCUGCCCUCUGUGGUCCUCUUCCACCCAGUCUUAUUGACAGAAGAGGCUUCAUCCAGUCAGACACACCCCAGCCUGUGUCACACUCCAAUGGAAGCAGCAUGUACGCCUCCACCCAGCUUCACACUCACAUGUGUGACCAAGAGCACUGCAUUCAGAGCACCAAAUUCGUUUUGCAGGCUGCCGCCACCCCCCUGCUCCAUAGCAACCCCGUCAUGAUUGGUGGAGGGGGACCCCCUUUCCCUGGGAAGAGUUCCUUGGUGGUCCCCUGUGCCUCCCUGGUCCCCAGCCAGCCCUCCCUGCCCUCCAUGCCCGGGCUGAGCUGUACAGGGGACAUGUUGACUCUGAGGGACCCAGACACCCACUGCCACCACCACCACUUUGCCAGCCCUGAGGAGACUCCCUCGCCCUCUGGCCCUAUGCCUCUGACUUUGCCCUGCGCUGCCCACAUGACCCACGGGGGACACAUCUACCCGGCCCAGCUCUACGACCCUGCCAGCCAGGACUCUCUGCACGAGGACUCUGUCAGGGGCCUGGUCAAACUCAGCUCUGUCUGAGACUGGGCCCCACUGCUAUUUCCCCCUGGAACCACUACCCAGACUCUGUAAGCGUGCCAAAUGGCACCCUAUUCCCUAUGUAAUGCACUACUUUUGAUCAGAGCCCAUGAACGCUGGUAAAAAGUAGUGCACUAUAUAGGGAAUAGGUUGCCAUUUGGGACGUAGCUUCUCCCCUCUCUAUCUCUCCCUCCCGCCACACUCAGGACCAAAGCCAUAUUUCCCCUAACAUUCCACCCGAGCCCUCCCUCCAUCCCACCCAGAUUUGCGCCCCCACCUGUUGAGUUAAGCUAUUCUAGUGCCAAACAGACAGACCCUCAGUCUCCACUGCACCCGACCAGGACCAAAGUCACACUUCUGACUCCCACUUCCUCUUCACAGUAGUAUAGCUGGUGCUCUACCAGGUGUCUACCAGGCCUGGAUGCAGGUUCAGCCUUCUGCCAAAUGUUCAUGACUGGUGCUUUAUUCUCCAAUGACACGUAGAGGAAAUCACCUACCUAGACGAGGCUGUGUCAUUGUCCGAAAAUGAGACUGAAUCUCUCUUCUCUCUCUCAGCUAAAACCUACCUAGGCAGUUGCCAUUUUGGUUUGCUGACAUCCGAGGACACACACAGCGUGAUACUUCCCUGGUUCUUCAGGACUGUUGAUUAGCUGGAAAGACAUGAAUCCGGACUAAAUACAGGACUUGUUUAUAGUUUUCCAUGUGUGUUGUGUGUCCUGAGUGGUGACACUCUUUUAUACAGUAGUAAUGGACACAGCCAAUAAGUGUUAGCCCUGGCCACAGGUGAUGUCACUUCCUGUUUGAGAUUGUGUCAACACUGUACGUGGUAAUCGGUGGUGUUCAUUAGUCAGUCCUGGUGUCUGUGUGACGCUAGUCGCAUUACAUUUUUGUUUUGUUCAAAUGUGAUGCCAAUAGUGCACUACUUUUGACCAAGACCUAUAGGGCUCUGGCAAAAGUAGUGCACUAUAUAGGGAAUAGGUUGCCAUUUGGGAUGUAGAUAAUAUGUAAUAUGAUGACUGUGCCAAGAAAUUCUCAUUGACUUCCAGCUUUAUACAUUAAUGCCUGUGGAUAAUUAAUAAAUUCACAUAUUUUUA